GAUGUUCGAAUGGCUCUUUGGUUCGGCCGACCCGACUGCCUUGCUCGUGAGCGCAGCGCGCGCUGGCGAUACGACAGAGGCGAGCGCGCUUCUGCGUGCUGGUGCAAACAUCCACGGCGCCAACAAGUUUGGCAAUACGGCAUUGCACGAGGCAGCGUACUGGGGCCAUGUGGAAAUGGUGGCGCUGCUCCUUGCGUCUGGCGCCAAUGUCGACUGUGCCAACGAGAUUGGCUGGACUCCAUUGCACGAAGCCGGGCGCAUGGGCCAUACAGCGGUCGCGGUCAGUCUCCUCGCUGCGUCUGCGAGCAUGGACCACACAGACAAGGACGGCUGGACGCCGUUGCAUCAAGCUGCUUGGUACGGACACGCGGGCACUGCGUCAGUGCUUGUCGCUCAGCCAGGAGAUGUCUUGUGCUUGUGUGAUCACAAGGGCCGAAGCGUCCUCGACCUCGCUCGCCUUCGGCACCACACAACUGUGGUCGACGUCAUCCAGAGGGCUCUCGCAAAAGAGCUUGGGCACGCCAUCGAGAACGGCAACGCUAUGCGUGUGCGACAGCUCCUCACUGCGGGCGCGUCGACCGCAAAGGCCACCGAGGCACGCGCGGGCACUUCACCGCUCGUGCUGGCGCUUCGCCACUGGUCCUGCCUCGUACAGCUCCUCAAACACCCCAACGUCGAAGUCGACUUCGCUACAGAGGGAGACGCGAUGACGCCGUUGCUGCAUGCCACCUCCAUGGGGUGCAAAGCCAGCGUCGGCCUCUUAUUGCUCGCUUCUGCCAACGUGGACGCCAUCGACGCCGCGACGGGGCGAACGGCCCUCUGCUUGGCGGCGACCCACGGCCAUGUCGAGAUUGUCGACUUGCUUCUCGCGGACGGGGCAAAUGUUGACCAUAAAGAUCUCACGGGACGCACACCGCUCGUGGCGGCCAGCGAGGCGGGCCACUUGCCCGUCGUGCGCCGCCUCCUCGCCGCCAAUGAGACUCGGUGUCGGGACGCGGCGCUACACGUGGCGAUUGCCCGCGGCCACCGCGACGUCGCUGCCAUCCUGUAUGCGCCGCUGCCCGUGCGCUCGAUCCCAGAGGCACCCUGGAUCGACCUUUCGUCGGCGACGCUGCUUGGGGACGGAAGCUACGGUGUCGUGUAUAAAGCAUUAUUUCAAGGCGCCGUCGUGGCCGUCAAGAUCCCCAAGGCCCACGGCCUCGCCUCGUUUCAUUGCGAAGUCGCUGCGAUGACCAAGUGUCGGUCGCCGUACGUGCUGCCGCUGCUGGCUGUUAUCCAUCCGACCUCGCCAACACCUCAGAUGGUGCUACCCUAUAUGGACGGUGGCAGCUUGCGCUCGCUGCUCAAGACGUCGGCCUUCCCGAUCUCGCUUUGGCGCGUGGCGUGGGUCAUUGCCAACGCUCUUUUGGAUCUGCACACGAUGCAGAUUCUACAUCGCGACGUCAAGUCCGACAACAUCUUAUUGAGUGUUGACGGCCGCGUACUUCUCAGUGACCUUGGCGUCGCAAGAGAAGUGCUGGAUCUCAGCACCUUGACAAAUGGCGUCGGAACGCCGUACUGGAUCGCCCCCGAGGUGUUUGAGGGCGGUCACUACGACGCAGCCGCCGACGUCUACUCGUUCGGAGUCGUGCUCACCGAGCUCAGCACACGCAAGAUGCCGUACUGGGACGCAGCUCUCAAAGGCUUUGCACUCAUCGAUGCCGUUCGGGCGGGUGAGGUGCGACCAACACUGGCAACCGACUGCGCCGACUGGUUCCGAGAUCUCACCCACCGCUGCUUGCUUCACGAUCCCAAGCUGCGCCCAUCGGCAAGCGACAUCGUAGCAUUGCUGGCGCACCACCGAGACUCCUCAGUUUCGACACGAACGGCCUCAGACGCCGGGGCCUGA